UCGGUUCGGGAGGAAACAAGAUCGACAGUCGACAUGAGAGUGGGAAUUCACACAGGUGGCGUUUUAGCUGGAGUGCUAGGACAGCGACAAUGGCAGUUUGACGUCUACAGCAGAGAUGUUGAGCUAGCCAAUAAGAUGGAGAGUAGCGGACUUCCUGGACGAGUACACAUUUCCGAGAAGACCCUCAGCUUUCUGAACGACGAGUUUGAAGUUAGCCCUGCUGAUGGAGCAUCCAGAGAAGAAGCCAUCAAACUGGCUGGAAUCAAGACGUAUUUGAUCGUUGGAGUUUUAAAACCAUAUCCAUCAGGAACGUUGGAUGACGUCUUCAACAAGAACGAAGUCUGCUUGACCACAAAAGAGGAAGAAUCGCACAAACCACACGAGGUUAGGUUUGACGUCAGCUCAGAUGAGGAAUACAAGGAACGUCUCCAUAGAGAACUUCUGAGUAGGGAAAGUGACAGGAACAUGUGGGAACAUUCUCGUUUCUUCACCUUAAGAUUUAAAUCUCUGGAUUUGGAACGCCAAUACCGUGGUCGAAGGGCUAUUACAAUCAUGGUUUCAAUGGCAGGAUUUCUUCUAGUCCUAUUGUCAUGUGAUUUUGCUGAUCUCGUGCUGGUUCCCGGAAC